AUGGUUAGUGUUGGUGCGGUGGAGGAAGGUGCAUUUAAUUCGAGUCAACGGCUGAAAUUGAGGAGAAACCUUUUGGCUAACGGAUUGGGUCGCACCCCACCUAUGGGAUGGAACACUUAUAACCAUUUCCACUGGAAAAUUUCAGAGCAUUUGAUUAAGGAAACAGCGGAUGCUAUGGUUUCAUCAGGACUUGCUGCAUUAGGUUAUCGUUACAUCAAUUUGGAUGAUGCCUGGGCUGAACCGAAUAGAGACGGCAAGGGGAAUUUGGUUGGCAGUGCUUCGAGCUUUCCUUCUGGAAUGAAGGCGUUGGCAGAUUAUGUACAUCACAAAGGCCUUAAACUUGGAAUUUACUCUGAUGCCGGGACAAUGACGUGCAGCAAGAAACAACCAGGAUCAUUAGGUCACGAACAACAAGAUGCUAAAACUUUUGCUUCUUGGGGAAUAGAUUUCUUGAAAUACGAUAAUUGCCACGCCAAUAACAUAAGCCCGAAAAAGAGGUACCCGAUAAUGAGUAAAGCGUUAAAGAGUUCGGGAAGGGCUAUCUUCUUUUCAAUGUGUGAAUGGGGUAAAGAAGAUCCUGCAACUUGGGCAAAGACAGUUGGGAAUAGUUGGAGAACAACAGGGGACAUCGGUGAUAAUUGGCACAGCAUGAUUUCUCGUGCCGAUACUAAUGACAAGUGGGCAUCUUAUGCUGGACCUGGAGGCUGGAAUGAUCCUGAUAUGCUUGAAGUUGGGAAUGGAGGGAUGAGCUUCCUGGAAUAUCGUUCACAUUUCAGCUUAUGGGCAAUAGCCAAGGCUCCCCUGAUACUUGGGUGCGAUAUCCGAUCAAUGAGCGCUGAUACCCGCAAAAUCUUAAGUAAUAGGGAAGUCAUUGCAGUCAACCAAGAUAAACUGGGAGUGCAGGGGAAAAAGGUUAAAAAGAAGGGCGAUCUUGAGGUUUGGGCGGGUCCUUUGAGCGGGAAGAGGGUUGCAGUGUUGCUGUUGAACAGAGGGAACUCCGUAGCCACAAUAACUGCACGAUUGUCCGACAUUGGCCUCCACAACGACGCCGUCUUCCAUGCAAGAGAUCUUUGGAAGCACUUAACGAUUGCAUCGGUGAAGGGAGAAAUCUCAGCUAAAGUGAGAUCUCAUUCCUGUAAGAUGUAUGUCCUCAGUCCCAACUAA